AUGUCUACAGAUAUUCUUAAGCUCGCCAAACAAUAUUCACUCUAUAGUGGUUGUAUUCUAUUUACUUUCGGAUUUAUUGGUAAUAUUCUCAAUAUUCUUGUUUUUACUCAACUAAGACUCUUUCGAGAUAACCGAACUGCUUUCUAUUUAACCGUUGAAUCGAUUAACAACUUUAUUUAUCAAUUUCAAACUAUUAGUGUAACAAUUUUAACAUUAACAUAUGGUGAUGAUGCAACACAACGAUCUCUCGGCUGGUGCAAAUUUAGAUACAUGUUAUCACAGAUACUUGUUCUCACUUCUUAUUAUACACUAUGUCUUAUUGCUAUUGAUCAAUUCUUUUCAACAAAUCAUCAAUUCCGUUUGAGACAAAUGUGUACAAUAAAAUUAGCUCGAUAUAUUACCUUUAUAUCGAUUUGUAUUUGGAUAGCUCAUGGUAUUCUUUCUGGUUGUUUUUACGAUAUUCAAGGAUCACUUGGAUGUGUUAUAUCAAAUCCAAUAUGGCAACAGUAUAUAUCAUCCUUUUUCUAUCCAGUUUUAGGUGGUCUUUUACCUAUUAUAAUUACAUCAUUAUUUAGUUUAUUAGCUUUUCACAAUGUUCGCCGUAUAGUUCGUCGACAAAUACCAAUUGCUCGUCGUCGAUUAGAUCAACAAUUGACAGCAAUGGUUCUUAUACGUGCUGUCAUCGCCGCUUGUUUCAUGUCACCAUUUACUAUAUAUCGUAUUUAUAUUACUAAGUUUCCCGUUUCACAAAAUCAGUCUAUGCAAUAUGCGAUUGCACGAUUAAUUCAAUCAGUCUUUCUCUCUUUAAUCAAUAUACAUUUUUCGGCAAGUUUCUAUAUUUUUCUAAUAUUAUCAUCACGUUUUCGUCGUCAAGUGAGAUUUCUUUUGGUUAAGAAAUGUUGGCAGCGAUUGAAAUACUUGUUUCACUUAAAUAAUAAUCAAAUUAAUCCAGAAAAUGCAGAAGCAUUCCGUACAGAUCUGGAACUUGCAUAA